CCUUCUCUGCGCGUGCUACUGCCUGCCAGUUCCGUGUCGGCCGCGAGUUUACCAGCCACGCACUGCCUGCACGCGCUAAAUCCGCCGACGGACUGCAAUGAUGUGACUAUUUCUGGUUUUCACAAACCCCCCUGUAAGACUCUAAUAGGAAGUCAGAAUUACGCGACGCGAAAGAAUUCAUAACGGGUCACUGUCUGAACAAAGAUGCUUUUAGAUUUGAGUUACAACUACCUCAAAACUAAGGCAAGAAUGAAAUCACUGUGGCAACCGCCUGUACAGUAGUACUGCAGACAGCUUGAGAUCUCCUGACCUCUGUGACCUUUUGAGUCGAGAUGGCAAACCAGCGAAAGCACCUGGUCCGAGAUUUCAACCGAUACAUCACCUGCUCGAUUUGCCGUGGAUACUUGAUCAAGCCCACUGCUGUCACAGAAUGCCUGCACACCUUUUGUAAGAGUUGUAUUGUUCAGCAUUUUGAGGAGAGCAAUGAGUGCCCGGAGUGUGGAAUACAGGUCCAUGAAACCAACCCUUUAGAGAUGCUGAGACUAGAUAAGACCUUAGAAGAGAUUAUCUUCAAGCUGGUGCCUGGACUAAGAGAGAAGGAGGAACAACAGGAAAGUGAAUUUUGGAGAAAAAAUAAGCUCAAAUCAAAUGGAGAAGAUGGUCCUAGGUCUAAGAAACCUCGACUGAGUGAUGAAGAGGAAGAUGAUGGAAAGGGUGGAGACUACCACAGAAGUGAUCCUCAGAUUGCCAUUUGUCUGGACUGUCUACGAAACAAUGGCCAGUCAGGAGAAAGCAUAGUAAAGGGUUUAAUGAAGAAAUUCAUCCGUUGCUCUACUCGUGUUACAGUGGGAACCAUUAAGAAGUUCCUCUGUGUAAAAUUGAAGUUGCCAAGCUCUUAUGAGCUUGAUGUUCUGUGUAAUGGUGAGAUCAUGGGCAAAGACCACACCCUGGAGUUCAUCUACCGCACUCGUUGGAGACUACAGGGAGAAAGUGUGAGUGCUUAUCCCAUGGUCCUUGAGUACCGUCCACGGAUCGACUUCGGUUAAAUGGCACUUUUAACAGCUUUCUGGAAAUUCCUCCAAUCUCCUGCAGACCGAUGUCAAGUAAUAGACAAAAAGCUAAUUAACUGAAUGAUUGUGCCUCUGUUAAAAGACAAUAAGAUGAAGCCCAACGGCUGACAGGACUGCUCUCUUCUUCCUGUGCACUGCUUCAGCCUUAUCCGUGUUUCCACCCUCCUCCUUGUUCCUGAUUGACAAUUGUGGCUCCGCCCACUGGCACAGAAUUAAGUCUGAUGAUUACGUUCCUCCAAAGCUUUCCCUGCAUGUUGUCUCUAUGACGACGCCUUAGCGUAGGGCAGCCUGUUGGGAUUAUGUGAUAGCAAUCUAGCACAGAAAGUAACCUCCCAAAUACAUCCCAAAAAAUGCACCCUGGCUAGGAAGGAGAGAAAAAUAAGGAAUUUUUAGGCUGAAGUUUAUACUUACUAGAAAAGGAUUUAAUUGAUUUUAAAUUGUUGUUUUAUUAGGCAUUUUAUCUGAGACUUUGCACUAGAGACGAAUCCAAAUGUCUCACUUUAUUGUUGCUAUUCUAUCUUUGUUUCAUUCUCUCUCUUCUUUUUCUACCUUGUUCUUACCACCCACAUUGUUCUUCAUACAUUCAGUAACACUUUUCAUGUCACCAUUAUCUCUCUUUCUCUCUCUUUCUUUCUCUAUUCCUCUCUCUGUCUCUCUCUCACACACACACACACACACACACACACACAUGAACUCUGUCUUUCUCCAGCUUGUUCCAUCUUCCCUCACACACUAAUUUUUUUCCAAUGGUGUUUUGGCUCUGGUCUGAAGUAUUGAUGGAUCUCAUUCAGCUGGAAUUGAAUGAGAGGUCUAUAGAUGUCCCAAAAUAACUGCACUGAAAGGCACUCUGGGUAAGCAUUUCUCCCUCACACUAAUCUAAGGCCAAAUCUUACAUUACCCAAACUAGAUGUUUAUUUUAUUAGGAAUGGUAUUACAAUAACUGAUGCCAGAUAUGUUUAAACCAGUGGUUCACUGAGAAAUAUCAUUUUGUUAAAUGUUUUCUCAAUGAAAGCAAUGACUGAGGAGCACCAGCUGUACAGUAUCUUGCACAGAACAGCUUUUAAUCACAGUCUGGUAGCUGUAAACAUUCUGUUGUUUUCUGCUUAAUUAGAAAGUAUAUUUAAAUGCCAAUGCAAAGUUAUUCCUGUGAAAUCCUUAUCAGCUCACCAGACAUUUUGAAUUAUGAAUUAUGAAUGCAACACCCAGAAUGUCAAUAAUGUUACUUUUCCUGUGUAUUUUGAGUGGUUUUGCACUUAGGCAAUUGCAAAGUAAGGCUAUAGUUUUCAUGUGUCGAUGCAACCGUGUUUGGUGGAUCAGAAUUGCUGAGACUAAAACAUAUUUUCAUUGAUAAUACAAAGGGAAUAUAAAAUAAUUUGAUAUUUAAAAAUUUGAUAUAUAUUUGAAAUUAAACAAAUUUUGUAAUAUUGUACGUAUGUAAUUCAUGACACAGCUAUGCAGAGGAUGUGCCAGUGAUGUAAGUUAGGAAAAAAUGAUAUUUGAAGAGUUCAGAUGCAAAACUUUAUUAAAGGAUUAGUCCAUUUUCU